GGCAUCGAAGCCAAGGCCGAAUCAACCACGUCUUUUCGCUGAAUCAAUAAGCUGGCCACAGCUUUCGGCAUCUGUUGCCUGGGCCAUUCCUUAUCUCAGCCCGAUAACUCUCUAAUCUUGAAACAAGAGGGCGCAUCUUGAACCUGGCCCAGCGCCGUUCGCCGCUCAAUCCAAGUAACCUCAACACUGGCUGACACGCCCGCCCGACGGCACCAAGCAAACACCAUGGCCGAAGGCAAGAUCAACGUUCUUAUCACAAGCUUCGCCGGCGCAGGUCUCCCGCCAACACUAUCUCUCGCGCUCCCCCCAACUACACCAAUCUCCACUCUCCUCGACGAGCUAGACAGCCGGCUCCCAGAACCAUGCUCCUUAUCGUCGAGCCGCCUCCUCCUCUCAACGCUCUCCAGCCGGCCCAUACCCCUCGACUCGCCGCUCCCCAUCUCCCACUUCCUCCCAACGCCCAGCACCACGCCGGACGAGGACGACGGCAACACCUUCCGGCAUGACUUCCUUUCGCUGCGCCUGUCGGCCGCGCUGUGCGGCGGCAAGGGCGGCUUCGGCUCGCAGCUGCGGGCGGCAGGCGGGCGCAUGUCGAAGCGCAAGAAGGGCAGCGGCAACGCGGCGUCGCGCAACCUGGACGGGCGGCGGCUGCGCACGGUGACCGAGG